AGCAGGGAGGACCCAGGCCUGACGCAGCCAUGACUCAAUGGUGAAUCUGAAUCCAGUCUCUUGAUCUUUGCUGAACCAGCCAAGCUGGCCAAACCUCUUGUAUGCCUAGUACCCCUCCCCUCACUCCACAGGCGAUUGCUUUUCAAAGAUGCCAGGGGCUGGGCUGCUUCUGGUAGAGCUGACGCCUACUCUCCUAACCCUCCCCCGCCACUACCAGGGAUGGGACCGCCCCCUCCAGACAAGCUAAAUCUGGGUCUUGAAAACUAUCUUUGGAGGUGAAAAAUUUCCUUGGUAUUUGGCUAACGUGGACCUGAUCUGUGCGUUUGUGCAGGAGGGAUUGGGAAGGUAGGGGGCUUGAACUGUGGACCAAGGGUAGGUAAGCAUAGUGCUAGGACCCUUAGCCUUCUAUUAGGAGCUGACUAGGAGCUGAGGGUUUUUCCUGGGCCUGUAGGGAGCUAGGCGGGGCCUCCACAGGCUCAGUUCCAGUUUCCAUGGAAACCAGAGGCUUCCCACCCAGCUGCUGCUUGGGCAGACUCCCAGUCUGGGCCUAGUUUACCACCAGCUUCUUCCUGUACUGGGACUGACAAAGGCCUCUCCAGCCUUACUCUGUCUGGGCCCCACUCUGUUCCCAUCACUCUGGCCUCCUCUGUUAACCUCUGAUGCUUUCUUCGGGAACCCGGGCCUCUCUUCCUAAAUUUCAGCUUUUCAGCGAACAGUUUUCUAGAGCAACACCUCCCUUUUAGGCUGUCUGGUUUCUUUACAAGCUCUGGGACUGACCAGGCCUCCCACAGGCCAACAGAUAGCAGCAGGCUUCCCAGGCCACGCCAUCUUUUCUUAUGGAGACCUCAGGACUGGUUGUGCAUGGGCAGGAUGCACCCUUUUCCACGGCACUCCGAAGCCUUGUCAACAACCCCUGGUACAGUGAUGUUCGCUUUGUGGUUGGUCAAGAACGGCAAGAGGUAUUUGCCCACCGAUGUUUGUUGGCCUGUAGAUGCAACUUCUUCCAGAGACUUCUGGGCACAGAGCCAGGCCCUGGGGUACCUAGUCCUGUGGUGCUAAGCACUGUGCCAGCUGAGGCCUUCCUAGCAGUGCUAGAGUUCCUGUAUACCAACAGUGUCAAGCUACACCGCCAGUCUGUGCUGGAGGUGCUGACAGCGGCUGUGGAGUACGGGCUAGAAGAAUUGCGAAAGCUGUGCCUGGAAUAUGUAGUGAAGGUACUGGAUGUGGAGUUGGUUUGUGAGGCCCUGCAGGUAGCGGUAACCUUUGGCCUGAGGCCCCUGCAGGAGCGGUGCAUAGCCUUCAUCGAGGUCCACAGCCAGGAGGCGCUCAGGACCCGCGGAUUCCUGGAGCUGUCCGCCACGGCGCUGCUGCCCUUGCUGCGCAGCGACAAGUUGUGCGUGGACGAGGCUGAGCUGGUCCAGGCAGCCCGGAACUGGGCGCGCGUAGGGGCUGCAGUGUUGGAGCGGCCUGUGGCCGAGGUGGCGGCUCCAGUGGUCCCAGAGCUGAGACUGGCCUUGCUCGCCCCGGCUGAGCUGAGCGCCCUGGAAGAGCAGAACCGGCGGGAACCGCUCAUCCCGGUGCGGACGCAAGUAACCAGGCUCAUAUCCACUUCGCAGCGUGGGGACAAGACGCGGGGCCUUGCCCAGGGUCUUUCGGGCGAGGGGCCAUGUCUGGAUUGCGUGGGGACCAGUUUCUCCUGCAGGUGGAGCAGAUCGUGGAGGCGUGGAAGUGCCACGCCCUGCGGAGAGGAGACGCAGUGCGCGGUGCCCCGUGCCGCUGCCGGAGGGGCACCCUGCCUCGAGAACACCACCGAUUUCUGGACCUUCCUUUCAAGUAAUCCCAUCCCGCGACCUGUGAGACAUUUGCCUGCUCAAAACUACAGUUCCCGACGUGCUCUGCGCUUGGAGUUGGCUUCCGCUCCCAGCAUGCCCGGUUAGCCGGACCGGAAGGACAGUUCUCCGCUGGGCGCCACGCGAGGGGCGCGUCUAUCCUAGUGUUUGGGGCUGGGCUCGGCUCUGUGAGCGGGGCCGAGACCCCAAAGUAAAGGUUGCCUUCCCUCCACGCCCUCACUCCGUAUCCUUCCUCAGGGCGCUCGAGGGAGCGUCCGCUCUGAAGAUCCUCAGGUGUUUAUUCAGCUCAGCCUGUUAACAAGUCCCUCCUGGAGAGUCCGCCGCGCACAACCGAGUUUCCCCAGCUUGCCCCACCCCACCUCGCCCAGCUGCACAGAUAGCGCUUCUCACACCCGUGGAUGCCCACUCCAGAAACUUGAGUGUCUCGAAAAGCCAAAAAAGGAAAAAGAAACUUGAAUGUCAUUCUUGCCUCCAUGAACACCUCUUUCAGGUUCCUGGAAGCGUCCUUUCACGUGGGUUUCGUCUGCUUGCCUUCCUGUCACCCAGCCAGCGCCCUCUCAAUCCGUGCCCUCCCUCCCCCCGCCGUCCUUGUUGCUUUCUAAGACAAAAUACAGUUUAUUUGAGAAUA